GGUCGCGAGGGCCCUGGGGUCCGGGUGUCGCGGCGGCCGUGGGGUUGGGGCUCCCAGACUCCGCGCCCCAAUUUCUUCUCGGCCCGAGCGGGAGGAGCUGCGGGCGGUGAUGAGGGAGGGCGUUGGAACGCGAGAUGGGGGUCGCUGGCCGGCCUUGUCCGGCGGCCCCGAGGCCCGUGGCCCCGCCCAGGAGGCCCCGCGGCCCGGCGCGCCAGUUUGGCUGUGGAAGUCGAGGCCUGGGGGAGAGGGAAGCGCCUUCGCGGACCGGGCUUGGAAGGCCCAGAACCCCGGGCCCAGCUCCCACCUACCUCCCGUGCCCGAGCAGGGCGGUUCGCUCCGGGGCCGAGGGUGCUGCGUGGCCGCCCGCCCCUUCUCCGCCUCAGUAUUUCUCUUCCAGGUGGGCGGUCUUGCCGGCCCCGAAAGUCUGAGAAGCAUGAAGCUCCUGUGUUUGGUGGCCGUGGUCGGAAGUCUGCUGGUGCCCCCAGCCCAAGCCAACAAGUCGGAGCUUCCAGUAGCCUAAGGAGUGGGCGUAAUGUGAGGAGUGUGAAGUCUGCACAGAUGCGGGUUGCUGGAUGGAGGGGACCCACCCCCGAGCUGGGACUCGAGCUGGCACUCGAGAGUUCUGAAGAUAUCCGGUGCAAAUGCAUCUGUCCACCAUAUAGAAACAUCAGUGGACACAUUUACAACCAGAAUGUGUCACAGAAGGACUGCAACUGCCUGCACGUGGUGGAGCCCAUGCCGGUGCCCGGCCACGACGUGGAGGCCUACUGUCUGCUGUGCGAGUGCAAGUACGAGGAGCGGAGCACCACCACCAUCAAGGUCAUCAUCGUCAUCUACCUGUCGGUGGUGGGCGCCCUCCUGCUCUACAUGGCCUUCCUGAUGCUGGUGGACCCUCUGAUCCGAAAGCCGGAUGCCUACACCGAGCGGCUGCACAACGAGGAGGAGAACGAGGACGCUCGCUCCGUGGCGGCCGCCACCUUCUCCGGGCCCCGGGCGAACACGGUCCUGGAGCGCGUGGAGGGAGCGCAGCAGCGGUGGAAGCUGCAGGUGCAGGAGCAGCGGAAGACGGUCUUCGACCGGCACAAGAUGCUCAGCUAGGCAGCAGUGCCGCCAGGUCACGGUCAAGGCAGCGCCGGAGGCCACGCCUGCCAGCCUCCGGGGCUGGACGGAGCUGGCCACUCUCCCCACUCAGUGCCACCCUCCGGGUCUCCCCUUUAAAGCCCGGGGCGUUUUUCCUUCUCCCUCUCUUUUGACAUGUGCUCAGCUGCAUAAUCUAGGAAGAGCGCUGGGUCCAUGGUCUGUUGGCCUGCUCAGGCGGUCUUCAGUGGGGGAGGGCUGGGGGCCUCGGGACUGGAGCGACCGUGUCACCUUGCUCCCUCCUCACCACCCUCCCGGCUCCAGAUCUUGGGAGCUCGGUCAUCAGGAACUGAGUGUGGGAGAGGAAGGCACGGCCGGCUUCCUCCCGACCCGACUCCUCGGCCCUGGCAUGGCCUCGCUCCAGCCCUCGGGACGGCUCUGCUGGGAAGGCUGAUGCCACAGCCCGACCCUUGUCCUCAGGGCACACCUGGACGCUGUUCCAGCUUCCCUUCCCCUUCCUCUUCUCCCAUCAGUGCAGGCAGAGCCGAGGAGCCUGCUUACUCUGCCUCCUGGCCCCCGCUCCCACUUCAGGAAGCCAGGCAAUGCCCCCCCCUCCCGCCCCGGUCUGCAAUUGCUGAGCCAUUGGUGGGACCACAGGACCCCGAGGCCGAGCGGUGGCUCUGAGCGCCUGGGCUCCUGUCCUCAGAUUGACACUUGUCCCUGAAUUCAUUGUACCAGUGCAUGGAGAGGAAUGUCAUCCUUCUGUUACUUGUAAAUCAAGGAAGCAUCGUGAAA